AUGUCUUUCCAAGGGAUUGGGAAUGGAGUAGUGGCCGGUUGUCCGCCAUGUGCUUCGUCGAUUCGUCUAACUACACACCAGACAACAUGUUCGAUUUCUAAACUUAUCGAAAUUGAAGACCUUACCACCGACAGACGGUGUUAUGUAGAACGCUUAAACAUUAAUCGCAAUAUCUGUAUAUUUGAAAUCCUACUUGUUUUAAACUUUCCUUCGUCUUCCUUCUCUCCUCCUCUCUAUCUACCACUAUAUUUUCCACUUUCUAUCUCCCCCUUUCUAGUAAAUUCCUUUUCAUUCUCACUCACUCACUCACUCACAUUUUUCUCACACAAUUUCUCCCACACUCUCUAUGCGCCUCACACACUCGUUUCUUCUCACAUUCUUCUCAGAUCUCUCUUUCUUUCUCGAUACUUAUUAACCUUGGCUCAUCUUUUAAUUUCCCGUGUCUAUCACGAGUUAGAAUAUAAUUUUUUCUUUAUCUGUCUAUAUAAAUGUUGCUCACAAUCUAUCUAUUUCUGUUCCUAUCUAUCUAUCUAUCUAUCUAUCUAUCUAUCUAUUCGCAUCAAUCUGUCCCAGUUUAUUCGUAUCUAUCUAUCUAUCUAUCUAUCUAUCUAUCUAUCUAUCUAUCUAUCUAUCUAUCUAUCUAUCUAUCUAUCUAUUAGGCACGUGCCGUCAUCAAUCAAUCUAUAUAUCUAUCUAUCUAUCUAUCUAUCUAUCUAUCUAUCUAUCUAUCUCAAUUUAAUCUAUCUAUCUAUCUAUCUAUCUAUCUAUCUAUCUAUCUAUCUAUCUAUCUAUCUAUCUAAGUCUUUUUUAUCUAUCUCAGUCUUUUCAUUAUCUAUCUAUCUAUCUAUCUAUCUAUCUAUCACAAUCUAUCUAUCUAUCUAUCUAUCUAUCUAUCUAUCUAUCUAUCACAGUGCUUUUGAAUCGUUCAUUCUGAUUUUUCUCUCUUUGUCUCUCUCUCUCUCUCUCUAUCUAUCUAUCUAUCUAUCUCGCACACAUAUUUUAGUGCGUCUAUAUGCUGUGGAAACAUUACCAGUUACUCUUUAA